AUGCAAUUAAUUUUAACAACUGAUGUAGACACUGGUAUACAGAGUAACAUGUCAACGAUAGAACAGAAAUCAUUGGACCAAAAAUUUGACCAUGCGGCCUUAAUAGAAAAUUUGAUCAAAGAUUACGAAGGACACAAUGAUGGUGACGAUAAUGCCGAAAAGACUUUAGAUUCGUGUGACGAAAUACAAAAUGAUGAUGGGAAUAAUGCGGCUGGGGAUAAGGAGGUACUAUCAGAUGGAGAGGACAACAGAACAGAUGAAAGGGUUAAGGAAGAAAAUAAAAAUAAAGUUCCUGAACUUUCAGAACAGGGGAAAGAUUUGGAUGACAUUGAAUCCGAUGAGCCGGAAUUGAAUAAUAUUGAAAGUGGCGAUGAAGUAGAAGCGGAGGAAGACAAUGAUGAUCGGAUAGGAAGCUGUGAUCUCGAAAACGAUGGCGCUGGAUGUGAUGUGUGUGAGAAAUAUAACGAUGCAAAUACAGGAGUACAUAAUAAGGAACAAAAUGGUACAGCGGAGGUUGAAGACAAUGAGAAACAUGCUGAUACUAUAGAUGAAGCGAUGGAUGUGGACUCGACGUCUAUAGAUCAAGAUUGUGAAAAUGACGUUAGUGAAGUUAAUGAUGUAUCUCAUGAUGAAAAUAAUCAUGUCAGCACAGCCAAUGAUGACGUCAUAAAUUUAUCAGACGAGAAGGAUGAAGACGCUUCAAACUCUGUUGAAAAACAAAACGAUGACCUAGAACUUACUAACACACACACUCAAAAGAAAUCAAGCAAAGCUGAUGUAUUAAAUGAGCCAAAGAAUGAAUCGGAUAACACUACUUCUAGUGAACAAAAGUCUGGAGUUGUUAAUACUAAAGAUGGUGGCAGUUUAAGCUCUAGUCCAGAAAGAAAAACAUCUACGGAAAACAGUGGUGAAGACAAAAAAAAGCUUUCUCAUAUAUGUAAACUUUCUAACACGUUAGAUAUAUUGUCGGAUGAGGAGGAAGAAAUACCUCAGAGAGACGAUGAAAAGGAACCUCAGAAGGAUGUUAUUGGUGAUAAUGACAAGGUCUGCAUUAAUAUAGAUGACGAUGAUGAUAUUAUGUUGGUCGAUGACAACCCGCCACUGGUGAACAAAGAACAUGUGGAUGAUUCUAAAGCUACAGAUGAUAAUGAAACUUGUAAGGAUGAAACAAAAUUAAAUAUGACACAAGAAACGAAAACCCCAACUGUACAAGAAGACACAUCAGAUAAUGCAGAAAAGAUAAUCGACAAUGAAAAGAAAGAAAGUGAAGAAAAUUCAGAAGUAAAGUGUGAUGUAGAUUGUAAAAAGACGAAGCCUUUGUUACCUACAAAUUUCCUCAAAACAUGUAAGAAGAAUUUGGCAGAUAUGACCCGAGAUGAGCUCGAACAAUUCUGUAUAAUGAAAAUAGUAGAAGGUGUAGUUGAUAGAAGCAAUUUAGCAGAAAUAAAAAAUCAAUUAAAAACAAUGGCCCAGCAUCUCGAUGAAUACAAGAAAAGGACACAAACGAUCUCAAAACAAAACAGGGACUUACAGGUUGUGUUGAAAUCUGUUCAAGAGGAACAGAAGAAGCGUCCAGAUCAAGUUAUUAACCCAUUGAAAAUUACAAGAUCUGUCGGCAUGCAAGUGUUAAUGACAGAUAAAUGUGCAGCUAGAAGGAAAUCAGCUGUGGGACCAAAUAAUAAUCCAAAUAACAAACAAAUUAAGCCACAAUUAGCAAAUAAUAAGAAGACUCAAAUGAUUCCUGUACCUAGGUUGGUGCCCGCACUCAAUACUAAUACAAACAACAAGUCACCUACAAAUAAACAAGCUUCUGGUUCACUCCUUAAUGGAGUGUCCGUUAAGAGUUCACCUCCAGCACAAAAGCCUGAGAAAAGGCCUCAUAGUAAAAUGCAACAGAAUAAUGCAGAUACAGUGGACCUUACAGAUGAUGAACCACCAAGUAAGCAACCCCAGAGAAAUGUUAAUCCACCGGUCAGAUUGGUCCCACCACAAAACUUAAUGGCUACACCAAGACAAACAUUUGCUCCUAAUAUGAAUAGUCCCCGUAAAGUUUACAUACCAAUAAGUGGUUCACAAACUCAAGGAGUUCGUCCCGGACAGACAUUCAUGCUUAAAGCUAUAUCACCUGCACCAGGUCCUCGACAAAGAAUGCCGGCUUCAUUGAUGGCCAAACCACCAAGUAAUGUUAGAGUUGGAAGACAAUUGACAAGACAUCCUGCACCUUUGCCUGAAUCAACAAAGCAAUUUGAACCACCUAACUGGAAAUCAUUGCCUCCAGCGCCUGAAUUAAAACUAUCCAAAGUUGAAAAUGGUAUUGUUAUUUCGUGGAAGAUUGAUGGAUUUGUAGAAGAAAAUUAUGAAGAAAUAGCAAGUUUUCAACUGUACGCCUAUCAGGAGACCACAUCACCUCCCAAUACAGCGCUGUGGAAAAAAAUUGGCGAUGUGAAGGCGCUCCCACUGCCAAUGGCGUGCACAUUAACCCAAUUUAUGGCCGGUUAUAAGUACUAUUUCGCUGUUCGGGCUGUAGAUGUCAAAUCUAGAGUAGGUCCUUUCAGUGAACCAGGCAGUAUACUUCUUUUGAAUAAAAUGUAA